AUGAAGAAGAAAGCGAGGGACUUGUUCCGAAGAAUCAUCAGACCCUUCUUCACCGACCGCCCGAAAACAAUGGAGAGUUCACAGCAACAACGUUAUAGUUACAACCCAACUCUUCGUUGGAAUCCCGAGGUCGAAUCCUACUUGUCCAGCGCUUAUGCACCCGCCCAUUUCUCUCGCAUCUCCAAAGCCCUCACGCGGCCGUCUUGUUAUUCAUGUAUUAGAGUGAACACACUCAAGUCCACGCCGGACUCUGCCAUCGAGAAGCUGAGGGAGAUUCUGAAAGGGGCUUCGAUUUCAAAGUGUGAAGUAGAAGGCUUGGAGUACUUGGUGUUUGUGAAGGGCUCAGGUCCUCACUCAGUUGAUUACGGUUGUGAUGAUGAGGAUGGCAAUGUGAACCCUCCUCUUAAGGAGGUUCUUGUCAGCCGCAAAUGUGCCGAGGCGGUUCUUCGUGGUGCCGAGGUGUAUGUUCCUGGUGUAUUGGCUUGUAGUGCUCAUGUGGAGAAAGGGGAUGAGGUUGCGGUUUCUGUGUCGGUGGAGCAGCCCGGUGCGGAGGGUGGAUGGGUGGUUGGGAUAACUAGAGGGACUAUUCUGCAAGGUGCUGAGACAGAUCCUUAUCAUACUGAAAGGAGUGGGCUGUAUAUUGGCCGGGGUAAAGCAAUGAUGACUAGGUCUGGGAUUUUUCGUGCUCCUGAAGGAAUUGCUGUGGAUUUCAGUGACAGAGUAUAUAAUCUGCCCUCUUUUCGUGGUGUGCUUGAGGGGGAAAUAUUUCUACAAAAUCUGCCAAGCAUUGUCACUGCUCAUGCACUAGAUCCUCAAAGAGGUGAUCGCAUUCUAGACAUGUGUGCUGCCCCCGGGGGGAAGACAACUGCAAUUGCAAUUCUUAUGAAGGAUGAAGGGGAAAUUGUUGCUGCUGAUAGAUCUCACAAUAAAGUAAACUUUGUAACUAAAGAUAGUACUGGAUAUUCAGAAAUGGGCCUUAGUUGUAUUACCACUUGCAGACUUGAUGCUCUGAAAGCUGUUUGUAGUGGGAAUAAAUCAGAUGAUAUAACUAAUCUAUGCUGCAAUGAAAAUAAUUCAAAUCAAGGUUCCGAAUUGAUGAAGUCAGAAGAAGAGAAAAUUGAAGCGAUUGCCACAGAAAGGUUGAAUGCCAACAAGGACUUUAAGAAAAAUGUUGCCAAUGAAAAAGCGAAUGAGAGAACUUACAUUAGCAGAGCUGACAUCAGGAAGGAUAUGCGAAGAAAGCGUAAUGGUCCAGGAAGAAAUCAGUGCGUGGGUGGCAAGGCUGAGAAGUCAAAAGGCUUUGUUCCCAACAGUUUUGAUCGGGUUCUUCUAGAUGCUCCCUGCUCAGCUCUUGGUUUAAGACCUCGACUUUUUGCUGGAGAGGAAACAGUUGAAUCCUUGAGAAAACAUGCGAAGUAUCAAAGGAAAAUGUUUGAUCAGGCUGUUCAGUUAGUACGUCCGGGUGGAGUUCUUGUGUAUUCAACAUGCACGAUAAAUCCUGGAGAGAAUGAAGCUGUAGUUCGAUAUGCUUUGGAUACCUAUAAAUUCCUAUCUUUGGCACCACAGAACCCUAGGAUUGGAGGACCUGGUUUAGUUGGUCGAUUUGAAUUUCCUGAUGGAUAUACUGAGGAGUGGCUGAAACCUGGCCAGGAAGAACUUGUUCAGAGGUUUGACCCAUCAUCUCCGCUUGAUACAAUCGGCUUUUUCAUAGCCAAAUUUGUAGUUGGAUCAAAAGACUCCAAGUUGGAACAAUCUGCAACUUGACAGAAUAAGCAAGCAGGGUAUUGGCAACCUAUGUAAUCUAAUUCAGUUAGUCAGCCAGAUCAUCCGUAUCAUCCAUCUGGAAUGUAAUUUAGUAGUUCUAUAUUACAUAGACUAGAGAAGUUUCGUUGAAUGAAUCUCGAAAGUGCAUGUGUUACUAUGAAGUUGGAACUAUACAAAUGGUCAUCGGAAUGCAGUUUCACAAUUUGCAAUUUUGCAUCAGUUAGAAUUUACAGUAGUAAGAAGGCAUUAUAUUAUAAAAAGACACAGCAGGCAUUGAUUGCUGUUGGUUAUUAUUUACUCAUCCCAUACAUAAC